AUGACUGACAUUUUGUAUCGGCUUCAACAUCAUCAAAAUAGUGAUAGGAUUUAUGAUCCUGAGAAAUUUCUUAAUAUUGUUUCUUUUCAAGCACCCGAGUUACACCAAUUUUUUGAUAUGUUAUAUCAAUUAACAAAUCCAGCUGGAAAAUGUGAAAAGACAAAUACUAUUAGUAAAAAUCGGAUUGUAGUUCUUUGUUAUCAGCUUGCUUCUUUACGUAAUAAACAAAUGACUUUACUUAAACAUGAUGUUGAUUUAUUUUUUCAACAUUCGGGACUAUCAAAAAAAGGAAUUGAUACUUUAUCAAAUAUGGAAAUUUUAACUACUUUUAAGACAGUUAAUCAAACUAGAAUUAAUUGA